CUUGAUUGAAUGAUUGUUUAUCUUGCCGACCUGGCAAAUUGUCUUAUGUUGUGUGGACCUGCCCUGGAAGGAUGAGCCUCGGUUCCAAUUUCCUCACCAUUGUGUGGAAAUCACUCCCAUCGCAAUCAAUGCAGAUCAAAUGACCGACGGCGACGAUAGCAUCGUUGCAGAAGACUGAGUCCGACUUCGACCGGAUCGAUGCCAAUAAUGGGUUGCAUCCUGGGAGCUGGGAGCGAGUUAUACUGGAAAGUUGAAAGGAGGGAGAGAGACUCUGGCAUGGAGGCAGCGGUAUCUGAGCAAAGGGUAGGCGGUAGCUCACUUGACCGCCCUUUUCUCAACUCAAAACAACAGAGGAACGACAAACUACGAGAACAUUUCGAAAGUCUUCCAUUCUCAGACCAUGAUACUGAUUCGUUUGUUCCAUUGUUCCGAUCUGAUCUUGCUUAUUUGGUCAAUAAUAGCUAUUCACUUUUCCGCAUCCUACCCAGAGACUCCCAGCGAGAACAAAGCCCAGACCCACCUGCAAAUGACGCCCCCAAUAUGUACACCAACCAAAACAAAGCAUUGAACGGCAAAAGGACAAAAUUUGUUAUAGACAAGAAUAGCAAAGAGCUGCAGCCCAAUCCCCCAUCGCAAGCAAGACACGGGGCUGGAAUAGUAUACAACUGA